AUGGCUUCGUCCCACCUGGCAGCAGCCGCCUCCAUGGUCCUCUUCCUUGCCGUGUUCGCUGCCAGCACGAACGCGGCGACGUUCAACAUCAAGAACAACUGCCCCUACACGGUGUGGCCGGCGGCCACCCCGAUCGGCGGCGGUCGGCAGCUCAACACCGGCGAGACGUGGACCCUCGACGUCCCCGCGAACACGCCCUCCGGCAGGGUGUGGGGCCGCACGGGCUGCAACUUCAACGGCAACUCCGGGAGCUGCCAGACUGCCGACUGCGGCGGUGCGCUGUCGUGCACGCUGUCCGGGCAGCCGCCGCUGACCCUGGCCGAGUUCACCAUCGGCAACGGCCAGGACUUUUACGACAUCUCUGUCAUCGACGGCUUCAACGUGCCGUUGUCAUUCUCCUGCAGCAACGGGCCCAACCUGGUGUGCCAGGCCGACAAGUGCCCCGACGCCUACCUCUUCCCGACCGAUGACACCAAGAACCACGCCUGUAACGGCAACAACAACAGCUACCAGGUUACCUUCUGCCCAUGA